AUGAGAUUUGUACUACUUUAUUGUCGUUUGACGGCGUUUGAUCCAUCUGGGGUAAAGGACACGGCAAGAGCGACAUCUUUACAAAUAAGGAAUAUAAAUAGGAAACCCGAGUAUUUGGAUAUCCAUACUUGUAUAAGCUUUACAGGCCUAGGGAAGAAUGAAAAAUAUCAAGAGCUAGACACUUUUGCUCAAUUUUAUGAUAGUGCUGAAGACGUUAUUAUAGAUUCAAAGAUGAUGGCUACUAAAAGUGAUCGGGGGGUGUGGAGAGUCAAGGCAGCUAGUUCUACAAAAGAUUCCUUGUACCAAAGGAAGAGACUUGAAUGA